AUGUCUCUUAGACGGUUCGUGAACCGAUCAUCAUCUGAAGGGAAACCGCUUAUUGUGGAGCUUGGUGACUUGACUGAGAAUGAUGAAGUCAGAUACGUGGCUCUGUUGGUGAAGAUCCGCUUGAAAGAUGGACAAAAUUUAGCUAUACGUGACGCAUCAGGUAGCAGCGAUCCUUAUGUAAAAUUCAAAUAUAAGGACCGCAUUGUCUAUAAGAGUAGUACAAUAUUCAAGAAUCUGAAUCCGAUAUGGGACGAGGAAUUUCAGAUGCUUGCCGAUGACAUGACAUCACCGAUUAUAAUCGAGGUUUUCGAUUACGAUCGUUUCUGCACGGAUGAUUUUAUGGGCUCGUGCAGUAUAGACAUCAGUCAAGUGAAAUGGUUCCAGUCGUUUGAGAGUGUCGUUGAUUUAUCCGAUGACGCAUCACCGAAUGAGGAACUUGGCCGAAUCGCGCUCACUAUAUCCGUAGUACCACUGACGACCGAUGAAAGAGACGAGUUCGUUCAUCGCUCUGUACGUGGCGUUCUCUCAGAAGUGGUGAAGAAACGCGAGAAACUGGUGCAGACGUGGACCUCUGUGGUGAAUGUGGUGCUGGUUGAGGGUAGAAAUCUGAACCUCUCCGUCUCGGUCACACCACCCGACCCGUACUGCAAAUUCAAGUUAGGCUGUGAAAAGUACAAGAGCAAGAUCUGUACGCGAACAAGUGACCCUAAAUGGAUCGAACAAUUUGAUUUGCAUAUCUAUGAACUCGGGUCGGAAACUCUGGAAGUUAUGUGUCAGGAUAAACGUACUAACACCUCCAUCGGAAGGUUUGCAGUUGAUCUGCAUACGUUCCCACGGGACCAGACGAUUCAAAAAUGGUACAAUUUGGAGGACACGUCAAGUGCACUGCUGCUGCUGAUCACCGUCUCCGGCAGCCAUUCAAAGGACACCGUUGUCGAUUUAACGGAAUUUAAUCACAACGACGUCCGAAAUUCUACCGUUGAAAAAUAUGACCUCCUGCAUACGUUCGACGAUCUGAAGGACGUUGGAGAGCUUACAGUCAAA